ACAAAGCUGGAAUUGAUAUAGCGAUGAGAUAUCGUAGACCCGGGGCAUAUCUGAGCGAAACUCUGGAUCUCUCGGACCUGAUUACGAGCUCGCAAAGCAAAGGAGGGGGGCCCGAUCAAGCAUCAUUCCCCGCAGAUGCCUUGAAACGCAAACACAGCUCAGUCGUGAUCACACCUGAUCGACCAGCAAUCACAUCAUCAUCACAAAUUCAAACCUCGACGAACCACCUUCAUUCGUGCUCUCAAUGACAAAAUCUCCAACUGUCAUACCCUACCCGAGCUCGUAAAGGGGAUGUCGUCGUCAAGCAACAAAAUGACGACCACGCCGUCGAACCUCUUUCGCAGCUCGCUAGUCCUGAUCGACGAGACCGACGGGCGAGUUCUCGACGUCUUGACGCAGCAACAAGAGGGUAACGAUCCUCAUCUUCAGGGCGUGACUCCGUCCAUUGCGGCUUCAUCGCAACAUCUGGACCGACCCGCCGACUGGACAUCGUCCGACAUCUCCCUCCGCACCAUCAGCAAACCUCAGCCCCAAUCAGUAGCUUCCAGUACUAGCGACAACAUUACAACCUCCGAGAACCCGGCAACCGAUGUAGCUCUGGAUACAAGUACAAAUCGCUUUCUGACUUUCAGGCGAAACGAGGAUUUCGCUCGGACCUUGGCAGGAUCAGGAUGGAGACGGACGACGUUUUAUACGGAUGCGAGGACGAGCGUGGCUUCCUUUUUCACCGCUUAUGACGAUGUUGGUGAGGGAGCCGACAGCGAUCAUACCGCAAAGGCGAAGCUAGAGGCCGAUCCGCAUAAUUCACGUCGGGUGGGUGGAAAUGGUAUUGGUGGACGUAGAGUUAGGGAUGAAAGUGGUAGAAAUCCGGCGGAUCAGAAGAGCAUCGAGUUGUUCUCGAGGCCUCAUCCAGACGAUCUCGUCACACUUUCAGAGACUGGGGAUGCAGACGAGCCCGAGCACACCGAUACCUCACCGGAUACCUUCAAGGCCGCCGAUAUCGCUUACUUAGAUCGGUUCUGGGCAACAAUAUUUGCAAACACCGACAAGGGAAAGACGGAUGAACCGUGGAUCGUCACUGUCAGCCUGGACAUGUCCAAGUGGUUCGUCAGCAGCCUGGCUUCGUUGGCCUCCCGCACUUCAGCUUUAUUCGUCGGCCCAACGAGCCGAGCUGAGAGCGACUCGACGCAUGGCUUCCCCGGUACAUCACCGAUCCGAGAACCGUCCGAAGAAGAUCUAGGAUCCAUACCCCUUAGCCCUACGACUAUAGCUUGGCACAACCUUGCUUUGAAUACGCAGGCGGGGCGCCUUAACGAGCUGGGAAGCGGAGAAGAACGACCGGUGGAGAUGAGCAGACUCGGGUUAUGGUACAUCCAGGAGGAUGGGACUUCUAGGCAGAUCUGGGCUGGGAACCGUGCGAGCGAGACGGAUGGGCUGAAUGAGCCGGAGGGUACCGCGCGGUAGUCCUUUGAAGACUCUCUGGCACGGAGCAGCCGUACGCGUACCGUAUACGUUAUACGCUUUGUAUCCCAUAUCAUCUUCUUCUUGUGUCGCUAUGUAAUGACUUGUCGCUGAG